AUGCGUGUCGCUCUUCUUACCCUUUUAUGCGGUGCUUUGGUCACUGCGCUCACUGGAGAAGACGCUCUAGAAAAGUGGGGUGGGCCUAGAGGUGGAGGCAAGGUUUCCCAUGGGGGUAACAAUAUUGGCAAUGGGGAUGGUGGUGGGAUUACCAUUAACACUGGGGGUGGUGAUAUUGGAGACAUUGGGGUUGGGGUUGGGGGAGGUGGUUGCGACCCGGCCGCUUUGGGCGACUUCAACAGAGAUAACUAUCUCGAUAUCGUGGCUACGAAUAUCAACGACGGCACAGUGAGCGUCUUGCUUAAGACUGGAUCUGGGAGCUUCCAGCAGAAUAUAUUCUCUGUGGGGUCUGAACCACGUGGUGUUGCAGUGGGUAACUUCAACGGAGAUUCCUAUCUCGAUAUCGUAACUGCGAAUCAGCUUAGCAAUACAGUAAGCGUGUUGCUUGGAACUGGAGCAGGGGGCUUCCAGCAAACCACAUUCACUGUAGGGACCGGGCCGUUUGGCGUUGCAGUGGGCGACUUCAAUGGAGAUACCUAUCUCGAUAUCGUGACUGCGAAUAGUGGCGAUGGUACAGUGAGCGUCUUGCUCGGGACUGGAUCCGGAACCUUCCAGCUGCAGCCCCAAUUCCCUGUGGGGUUUGGGCCACGUGGUGUUGCAGUGGGCGACUUCAACGGAGAUACCUAUCUCGAUAUUGUGGUUACGAAUCUAAACGAUAAUACAGUGAGUGUGUUGCUCGGAAAUGGGUUGGGAAGCUUCCAGCUGCAGCCCCAAAUCCCUGUAGGGUCCGGGCCGUUUGGCGUUGCAGUGGGCGACUUCAACGGAGAUACCUAUCUCGAUAUCGUGACUGCGAAUAGUGGCGAUGGUACAGUGAGCGUCUUGCUCGGGACUGGAUCAGGGAGCUUCCAGCUGCAGCCCCAAUUAUCUGUAGGGGUUGGGCCACGUGGUGUUGCAGUGGGCGACUUCAACGGAGAUACCUAUCUCGAUAUCGUGGUUACGAAUCUAAACGAUAAUACAGUGAGCGUGCUGCUCGGAACUGGAUUGGGGAGCUUCAAGCCGCAGGCCAUAUUCUCUGUGGGGUCCGGACCACGUGGUGUUGCAGUGGGUGACUUCAACGGAGAUUCCCAUCUCGAUAUCGUGGCUGCGAAUCUAGACGACAAUACAGUGAGCGUUUUGCUCGGGAAGCCUUGCGGCGCUUAA